CUUUGCACCACGAGACCAUCCGAUAUCUGAGUUUUAUUGAACCAUGAGUAGGCAUAUUUACAAGUCAGUUUUAAAGUUGAUCAUCGUUGCUCCCGUGCUUCUUUUCUUGGCAUACUUCACCCCUUCGUCCAUCAGGUAUUUGGAGGGGCUUGUCCCAAUGGAUACAUGUUUUUUACCAGGGGAAAAGUUGAAGUUGGACAACACUAUAGAUGCCUCUCUGAAACUUUGGUACAGAACGGACGUCCAGACAUGUACUGAAUGGGGAGCACCUAUCAUCUGGGAGGGCAUGUUUGAACCUGAUGACUAUGACCGGGAGCACAAGAAAAACCACUCCUCUGUGGCUCUGACUGUCUUUGCUGUGGGAAGGUAUCUAGACGUGUAUCUGGAGACCUUCCUCCUUUCUGCUGAGCUUCACUUUAUGUUGGCUCUUCCUGUGACGUACUAUGUGUUCACGGACGUUCCUGCCAAAGUGCCCAACCUCCAGUUGGCUGAGGGGCGGAGGUUAAAGGUCAUAAAGGUUCAGAAGCAUUCUCGCUGGCAGGACGUCUCCAUGAUACGCAUGAGGGCCAUCGCCGACGCCAUCAACGAUAUCCGCCACACGAGCAGUUACGUCUUCUGCUUCGACGUGGACCAGCUGUUUGUCGGGAGGUUCGGCUCCGAGGCGCUGGGGGAGUCUGUGGCUCUUCUCCACGCCUACUACUAUCAUCGCCCCCGCGGUCUGUUCUCUUACGACCGCAACCCCAGCUCAACGGCCUACAUGAAGGCCGGGGCGGGCGACUUCUACUACCACGCCGCCGUGUUUGGGGGCACCUGGCAGACUGUCUUGGCGCUGACGGAAAGCUGUUACCAAGCCAUCUUGGAGGACAAGAGCCGAGGGGUGGAGGCGCUGUGGCACGACGAGAGCCACAUGAACAAGUACCUGUGGCUCCACAAGCCCAGCAGGGUGCUGUCGCCAGAGUACUGCUGGGCUCUGGACAUCGGACGCCGCAGCGACAUCUGGGUCAAGCGGCUGCUCUGGGCUGAGAAGCGGUACGACACUCUGAGGGACACCUGAACCCCUAGAGGGUUCAGGUGAUCCUGUGGGCUUGAAUUGAACUUGAAUAAAUACUAUUUAAAACCAUUUAUUUAAUAGCAGCUGUUUGAAAAUACGCCUUAUCAUCCACUACAAAGCACAUUAACAGAUCGACCUUUAGAAAGGUUCUCUUGGUUCUAAAUGUUUUUAGAACAAGACUUUUACUGUCCUGCUUAGCAACUGCCACAUCUAAUUGUUUCUCUGAACAUUUCUAGAAGUACGGCCCGCCAAUUAAAACCAAAGAUUUUCCAGAUGUCAUCUGCACAAAUUAGUCGAGCAUGGAUAGUUAAAAGGCAGCAGUCUUUACAAACCUGUUUAAUCUUGGAAUUAAAUGUAAGAUAAUUUAAUCUUCUUCUUUCCUAAUAAAAUGUGAAGCAAAAACUCCA